AUUGUCUUCCCAAAGUUAGGUGGGUGGUAUUCCCCAAGCGCAAACUUUACCAACUUAACCACCAUCUGCCAACAUCGUCUCCCAUUCUUCAAUAUUCUCUCAUCCCUCCAGCCUCAUAAAAUCAAAUCGCUUCAUACAUCCGUCAUAGCAACCCAGUCAGUGAUCGAGCACCUCGCGCGCUAGCCAGUGUGUCGUUCUGCGAGUCCUGGCCUCUUUUUCUCGCCUUUGCAUCCCGCCGAUCUGCCCACCGUCUGGUGCCAUCCCGGAUCUUCGUCCACCUCCGCGCUAUUGGAUCACACUUAUCGUUAUCAUCACUCCUUCUGGUCCCUGACUGAAUCUGCACGAUACACAUUCUCGCACUCGAAGCCCGACGUCAUCUACGACCUUCCUUGAUCAUUUAAUGAACACGCCUUAUCCCGUGUACACACGCAACUUCUUACAGGCCCAUAUCAGGCCUAGGUAGCACAUGUUUGGCCGCCUCACUUAGUCACCAAGACUCCAACGAGACUUCACACGAGCACAUGUCACCGCAGCCAGGAGAUGGUCCAUCAUCCCCAGAUACGUCCCGUCAGGGUGGCCUUGCCCAUGUCCUCCGGGGUCUGACAAGUUCUAAGCUCUCCAAAUCCUCACCGUCUAUAGCAUCACCCUCUUCAGCGAACGCCCAACCGACCGCCGAGUUCGUCCAUGCUCCAGCCCCAGCCGUCUCCCCAAACCCACCUCAUGGGCUGUCUUCUAGUCACAUGGAGUCCUUUGAGCUUCUCAAGAAUGGCUCACCCAACGAGCGCAUUGCUGCCGCCAACUCGUUGAAAUACGCAAUUGCCGAGUACCCUCUCAAUCCUGUCCUGGAUAUUUGGUAUGCUGCAAAAGACCUUAUCGAUCCCGCAAAACCUGCAGCAGCACGAGCAGCUGGUUGGGAGCUCCUCACGGAGUGUGUGAAGCACGAGGCCUCUUCUGAUCUCGAACGGCAAGAAUAUUUCACGACUCUAUCAGCUCCUGCAAACUCGGAAGAUUUUCACCUACAGUUGGCUGCUCUUGUUGACCUGACCCGGCGGGGCCGAAUUUUGACAGGCUUCGAUUAUGAGCUUCUUCCUCUUUUGACUAAUUGGUUAUGGGAAUCUUACAAUGUGGUGCGUGCAGCUAGAAGGAAAGCGUCCCGGAGUUCAAAGGGCGCUUCUCGAAAUCGUGCUGUCGCUUCUGGUGAAGAAAAAAACCUCGCUCAGUUAUUCAAUUUUCUCAUCGACGUCAUCAAGUUCAGCUUCAACAAUGCAGAUGAAUCUGCUGUGACAGGAUUGAUCGAUCGAUUACUGGCAAUUUGCAUGAGCACGAGCGUUGAAGAGGAUCUCAGAUCGAGCAUAGCGGUCAUUGAUGCAAUUGUGACAUUUGGGUCUAUACCAGAAGAUAAGCUCAAAGGCUGUGUUCAAGUGCUCAGCUCUAUCUAUUGUAUGGUGGGAAGCCUUCAGAAGGACUCCUGGAACACGCUCUCAAAUCUGUUCAAAAGCCAUAAUGGACAGGCGACCAUCCGCAUUUUAUUGGAUAUUCUACGAAAUAAUCCUACGGAUGGGGCCAAGGAGAAGGAUGUCAACCGAGAGAUACGCGGCGCCCUUGCCGUACUGCAAAAGGUUCUGUCCAAAAGCCCGGAGAACGGCUAUCCGGGGAUACCUUUCGCAUUACUGGCGGAUGGUCUUGCCAUAGUUGCGAAAACUGGCACUUCCAUUAAAACUUUGACGGCUAUUCUUCAGUUGCUUAAUGCUCUAUUUGACGGUGGCGAUGGCCAUAUACACCGUUUGAUCAUCGACGAGGACUGGUCCGUAAUACUCGAGGCUGCCGCGACAUGCUCCAAACGAGCAAUACCUGGGCCGCGCGACUCUGAUGGAUACCGCAGUCCUAUCAGGGACGAGAAGCCUGAGGAAGCUCUGAUCCGAGAACUUAUAAUCCUCAUCAAGCAGCUUGAUGUGCUCAUUAACCAAAAGUCGGAUGUGUUUGUUCCUCGGGCAACCAUUAUUUCGUUUCUAACCGAAGUCCAUCAGUUCCUCCCUGACGAAACUGCAUCGUCUGUCUUGAAUUACUUUCAGCAGUUCAGAUGUUGUUCACCUUCAGAUCUCCAAUGGGAGGAAAAUCUAACCUUGGUUUUAAAAGGAUUCUUUGGCAACAGAGAUCGGUCCUCACAGAUUAGGCUUCGAGCCUUGGAAACCAUCAUGGACGCUUACGAAGUCGUGGAUCUAGUGGGCGAUGACCCCGAAGAGAGCUUCAUCCCGCAACUGGCCAAGAGCAUCCUUCAAGAUGUUUCUGAAGAGACGGAUGUGUUGGUCCUCGAAGGAAUCAUGUCGCUCAUGGUCUCAGUUGUAGUAUCUUGUGACAUGGAAUUAUUCGAUUAUAUCGUCGAUGCCCUUCGAGGCAUCGUCAUUGGCGACAGGCUCAAAUCACCGAUUCCAUCGUCAGCAUCUCAUAGCCCAUUCGCUCAAGGAUCUUCCGAAGAACACCUGCCACAAGGACAGUCGCCCUCAAACGUGGUUGCCAAGGGAUACGUGAAGAUAUUUGUGCAGACUAUGGAUUAUGACAGUGGGAAAUCCUUGAGGCUAUACCAUGCGUUGAUAAACAUUGUGAAGUCGAGUCACUGCGAGGUCGAUGCUCGGUUGACCGCUAUGAAGCUCUUAUUUAGGCUGCGUGCCGAUUGGGCCAACCGAAUUUUCAUCACAAAGACACUUGAGACUAAUUUUGUUGCCGCCUCCUUGUGUCGAACCCCGGAAACAUACGCCAAGAAGCAGGCUGAGGAGGCUGCACAGUCUAUACGCUUGUUAAGAAAUGAACAUGGUGGGUCGUCCAGGUCUGCUCGCGGUAUUUCGUUCAGCCAAGGGCAAGGCCAUGAAAGAGGCAUGCCCGUUCGGUCUGCAAGCGUCGCUGCUGGAAGUGGCCUGCUCGGCAGUAGUGGUAGUGCAGCUCGCUAUCAUCAGCUUUGGAGCCUUCCGGACCCAGAGGCUCUGCCUGAAUCCGUGACCGGCGUGUUUAGUCCAGUUCUGGUUUCUCACAGCCCUGGCUCCGCUGAACUCGUGAUGGGGGAAGAAGUACAAAAGACCAAAACGAAUAUUGAGGCUACUGCCCUCGAUAUUGCCGCUUGGCUCGAGGCUGUCCUCGGCUUGUUGCACGGUUGCGACUGGGAGGUGUACAGUUUUGCACUGGUUCACCUUCCAUCACAACUCAGCAACCAUGCCAUUUUCAGAGACGCCAUUCCCCAGAUUCAGGAGCUGCGAAGACUCAUUUGCGAGCAAAUCCGAACCAACUCCUUUCAGGAGCCUCCAAAUGCAUCAGGCUUGAGGCGAGCUGACGUGGCGAUUUGUCUCUUCCACAGUUUAACGAUGAUUCUCAGUUACCAUGACCACUUUCAAAAGGGCGAUGAGGAUGAAAUAGUCAAAACAUUUGUUCAUGGCAUCGCCACUUGGGAGCGGAGUGCAAAAUGCUGCAUCCAUGCCUUGUCCAUAUGCUGUCAUGAAUUGCCACUCUCAACAAGCAAAUCACUGGUUCAGCUAUUGACCAAAAUGUCUACUAUCAUCACCCAGCCGCAUGUCUCCAUCCAUAUCCUCGAGUUCCUGGCUUGUCUGAGCCGUUUACACAACGUGUAUGUCAACUUCAGAGAAGAGGAAUACAAGAUUGUGUUUGGAAUUUGCAUUCGCUAUCUGCAAUCUGUGAGGGACAAAAAGGCUUCCAACAGGAACAGUCAUGCCAGCGAACCGUCUACCCCAGCAACCUCAACGGGCAACCUUUCGGAUGCCAUACACCCAAGCGCAACAGACGAUUUACCACAGUAUGUGUAUGCAUUAGCAUACCAUGUGAUACUCUUCUGGUUCCUUGCGUUAAAACUGCCAGACCGGGCCACCUUGGUUGGGUGGCUUGUCCGGAACAUAUACAACGAGAUUGAAGAUGCGCACACAGAUAACGAACAAGCACUCACUUCGAUCGACUUCAUGCAAAGGUAUACAUACGCUGACGUGGAGGAAUCAUCCCAAGACCCUCUCUUUACAUCGGAUCGAUUCGGAGAGAUCAUAAAGAAGAGAUGGUUGGUUGGUUACAGCAUCGUCACCGUAAAUCAGGCCACGACCACUGGCUGGGCUCAAAUUGUCAAGAGACAGCCUUCAGGCACCUCGGCCUUCACGAUUCGAGAAACGUUUGAUCCACCGCCUCCGCAUCAAACACCCAAUUACGUGGAUAUUAGCAGGGAGGGACAAGUCUCGACGAAUACUAUCUUGCCCAGUCACAUCAUGGUACAACUGAUGUCGUCCAUCCCUCAAGGUCAUGAUCUAGCGCGACCUAUUCCGCUCCCUGAGGAUGAUGCCGUUGAAAGAGCCAUUCGAGUCUUUGAUCGAAGCUCUACUGUUGAUGGGCACAAAGUCGGCGUCAUAUACAUUGGAGAGGGACAGACUGAUGAAGUCGAGAUUCUUGGGAAUGUGUCUGGUAGCAGCGAUUACAUGGAGUUCCUCAACAAUCUUGGCACAUUGACCAAGCUCAAGGGAGCGACGUUCAACACUCAUGGACUCGAUCGCGAAUUUGACUCUGAUGGCCAGUAUACUUUUUGCUGGCGAGAUCGUGUCACAGAAAUCGUGUUUCACGUCACCACACAGAUGCCUACGAACCUGGAACAUGACCCACGUUGCACAAUGAAGAAACGCCAUAUUGGCAAUGAUUUUGUUAACAUUGUGUUCAACGAUUCAGGUCUGCCUUUCAGAUUUGAUACUUUCCCGGGCGACUUCAAUUUUGUCCAUAUUGUCAUUACACCAGCGUCAAGGGCUUCGUUUAUUGCUGCUAGAGACGCGUCCAAACACAGUCAGCCCUUUUAUCGCGUUCAGGUCUUGAGCAAGCCAGGUUUCCCUGAGAUCUCGCCCGCUUCAGAGAUGAAGAUUGUAUCACUUAAAGCUCUCCCAGGUCUGAUCCGUUUGUUGGCUCUUAAUGCUUCGGUGUUCUCUCACGUCUGGGCUAAUCGUGAGGGUGGUGAGCAUGUCAGCUCGUGGAGAAGUCGCCUCCGUGCUAUCAAAAGGCUUCGGGAGAAGUACACACCUUCAAAAUCUGGGCAAAUAACACCCUCGGCCUCACAGAACUCAUCUCUCGGGGGCGCACCUCCGUUACACCAACAACAGCCGCUCCUGCCACAGGGAGAUAUAUCGUCGUCGCGACCAGCCAGCACCGUCCGCGAUAGCUUUACGAGUCUACGUCGCACAAGUGUAGCCACCUUUUUCACAAGCACAAGUGAGCAGACCUCACAUCGAUCCUCAAUGUUGUCAUCAUCUACAACAACAAAUGACACUGAGAUUGGUCCAUUUCACGCGCAAGAUUCACACACUGACACCGUCGACUUUUCCAAAUGGGCCUAAAAAAAAUGUGCUAUUAAACGGGGCGCGGGAAACGUGAAGGAAGGAGUUACAUUAGCAAAAUCAUUAUGUUUUUCAAAAAAGGGCGGAGGCGUCUGUCUAUAUAUUAGGUGUCAUGGAGGGGGGGUUCAAAAGUUUUUGCUCUAGGUCACACUUGAUGUUUGCCUGUUCUAUCCCUAUUUCAAGUCUGUUUUCCUGUCUAUUUCUGCUUACAGCCCACUUCGAUAUACCCUGGAGCUGUGUCUCGCUCGAAGUAGAACAUUAUUAGACUGCUAGAAGACAUUUAAUGGUCUUGCCAAUAUUACUUGAUAGUACUCACCUUAAGAAAGUGGUUGUUGGAGCAAAUCACUUUUCUGAAAGCCUGCAGGCUUACGCAUCCACGUACAGAGCUCAUCCGACCUGAUCAGCCGAUGCAAAAUAUUUCGUCGUACAACGCUGCUGCGUAGUUGAGAGGCUGUUGUGUAACCAACGCUCAGUCUGCUUAAACCCGCCUAUCAAAACCCCAUAUCGUUUGGUAGACUGCAGUGUCUCGUUGUCGCAACCCGCCUGGUUGCAUGACUGCCUGGGAUGUUUGUCAGCCCAAACGGGCUGGCUCAUGUUGAUCCACUAGCAGCAAGUAAGGUCACCGUUACACAAGUGCGGCGCGUGUAGUAUUUUGCGGUCAAAACCUCAUCCAAAAGCAGUAGGCAAUUCACAAGCUUUAGCUGUUGCUUGACAUAAGAGCCUUGGCGGUUGGGCGGUAUACGAAGACGGUAGCACAGGAUCAGAGGCUGGGCUCAUUUGUAAGCAAAUGAGGGUUUAAGGAUAGUGACAUGAGUGAAAGAGCCAAUAGGGAUUAUAAGAUGCAUGCAUUAAGGGGUUAUUCUGCGUUGGCAACGUAGGGAUAGCAGGAGCACUGCAGGCAGAUCACACAUGGUGAUUUGCUAUCGCAGGGUUCCGAAGUAGGAUGGCAAAAUCCAACAGUCUUUUGUCGCACGUCAGCAGCUGAUAGAAGCGCACAAUCCAGAAUCGGUUCAUUCUGCUAGAUUCCCGGUAAUAUCCUAGUCGUAAAAUCAGGUUGUGGAUUAAAACGAGACUUGUUGGCUAAUACCAAUGUUUGACGAGGGCAAAUAGUUGCUCUUGCGUAAGGUAGCUUUUUGCGGUUGCCUAGAUAAGUGGUUGCGCCAUGAUAUAGUCAAACACGUCGGCCGACGCAGUAUGCUGCUGUUCGUGGGAUUUUGCUUGUCAAAUCGUAUCAUGAUGUCUUUGGAUGAUGUAGAAAAGGAGGAUAUAAGUUGUAACUCUGCGCCAAGUGUCGUAAAAGCCAGAUAAGAAAAACGGUACCUAAGAUAAAGCUGCAAGAGGCGUGUCCUCGGGAGCUGUAUUUGAGUUUUCAGCUCGGAAUAAAUUCGUUGAAUCACACCUCUUCCUUCUACCGGCUGUUUUUGGCAGGAUUGUUGAUCAUGUUCAUAUUGUGUGGCCCCUGGUGUGAUGGAGAUUCAUUCCUAGGCUUUGCGCCAAAGCUCUUUGUAUUCUGCCCAUUUGCA